GGAACUCGUCCUCAUGCAUCAUUAGAUAGUGUGUGGUUGGGGGGUGUAGAGGGCGUCUGGCUGUCGUUGCUUUGCAUUACAUGGGUGUCGCAAGCACGCGGAAAAGCAAUCACCCCACCAUUGCACGUCUGCACCGGCCAGCAGCGUCGCCCUCGCCCAUUUCCACCUCUGCUCCAAGCGGCUGCAGCUCCUGCAGCAGGCCCGCCUGGACGGCAACGUGCAACAUGCGUCUGCACUCACCACCACGGCGGCCAUCCCCGCCCCCCCGGUGCGCUGCCUGUGCCGCGCGGGGACGGCCCGAUGACGCCGGCUCGUGCAGCCCUGCUGCUGGUGCACGACACAUGCUGCUGCAGCAGCGCUGGUGCCCGGAGGCCUCGAGGGGCGACAAUAAUGAGUCGAGAGGCCCAAGCACGACGUCGAGCGCACCAUCGUCAUCCUCGUCCUCUUCCUGUUCAUUAGCGCAUAUAGCCUCCUUCCCUCCACCGACAUCCCUGCCCCCUCGCCGCUCGCAACGAGGCACCCCAGCGACGCCCAUUCUGCGCAUCCCCGGCGCAUCGACCCUCGCUCUCAGCCUCACCAGCCUCCUCCCUCUCUUCUUCCUGCUACUUGCCCUCGUGCCGGGCGCGCAAGCCGCGCCGACCGUUUCACUGAAAGUGUCGGAUCCGAAACCUUGCUCGCCCAUGUCCGUCUCGUGGGACACGUCCCAGGGCACCGCGCCUUGGACGCUGACAGUCGCUGUCCUGAACCACGUGCAGUACACGACCGCCUUCCCUGCCGGCUAUGCGUCCGGCAACACGUGGACCUGGAGCUGGGACGUGCCGCGCUUCAAGGGCAACACGCCCGGCGUGCUCGUUGCCGUCACCGACGCGUCCGGCAAGUACAGCGCCGUAUCCCGCUUGCUCUCCCUCGGCAGCAGCGGCGGCGGGGCGUGUGCGAUGGCGAAUGAGAGCCUCGACUUUGUCUGGUCUGUGCCCAAGGGCUCGCCAGCCACCUGUGACGUGUGGAAGAUCAAGUUUCAGAAAGAAACCGCCCAGCCCGGCGCAACCGCGCCCGUCGGCCUCACCUUCCUUCCCAUUGGCGACCGGCCGAGCGCGUUCACCACCGCCUCCACCGACGAGUAUGACUGGACCGUGCCCUACCCGCCCGGCACGCAGUUCACCCUCGCCGUCUCGGAUGCUGGCAAAGCCGCCACUGGCGGCGUCGGCCUCCUCUACACCGUCGGCGACAAACCCAAAAAGUGCACAGACCCAACGAACGCCGGCGCUGCUGUCGCCGGCAUCGUCGGUGCCACGAGCACCGCUGCACCUGGCAGCGCGCCAACGGGCAAAAAGGGCGGCGGCGGAAGCAAGGGCAGCGGGACCAGUGGCACGAACAGCUCCUCGAACGACGACCACUCUGCGGCUUCUACCGGCAGCCACAUUGGCGCAGCCGUUGGCGGCGCCGUCGCGGGCAUUAUCGCGCUCGUGCUCAUCGGCGUCGGUGUGUGGUACUGGCGCAAGCGUGCCUCUGCUGGUGGCGCAGGCGCGCAGCGCAUAGGCGCUACUGGCUACUAUGGCAAGAACGGCAGCGGCGCAGAGGACGACUUUGGCAACCUUACGCCUGCCUCCGAGUACGGAAAUCCCAACGGUCACGCCGCAAGCGGCGGAUAUGGCUUUGGGGGCGUCGGCAACACAGCCGCUGCAGCGGGUGCCGCGGCCGGCGCGUGGCGCUACAGUCGCCAGCAACAACAGCAGGAGCAGAUCCGGUCGGGGCAGACGUUUGCCAGCGCUGAAGGACUGAGCAUAGCCGGUGGUGCAGGUGCGGGUGCAGCGGCCAUGGACAGCAACACCCGCGCGUCCGUAUCGGGCCAGUCGACGUUCUCGCACGAGCGCCCAUUGGCCGAUCGCGCCGACAGCUCACACAGCCACGGCGCUGGCGGCAGCAGCGUCGCGGGCGUCAUGAUGCCUGCGCCUCCCUCGGCUGUUCAGCGCAGCGUCUUCAGCACCGUCCCCGAUGACCACCUCUUCCCCCCGCCGCGCCCGUCGCAGGUGUCGCCCGGCUCCGAGGCCAGCCAUGCUUCUGCUGCUGCCGCGCACAUCGAUGACCACAACAUGCAGCAGCACCCGUCGCCAGCACCGAGCAGCCACAUGCUCCGCGCUGCAGUGCAGAUGCAGCAGCAGCAGCAGGCCGUUUCGUACUCGGGCGUCAUGACCACCGCGCAGCUCGCGCGCUCCGCAGCGCCAAGCGCUCAGUACGUCCCCUCGCCGCCUUUUGCACCGAUGCGCAUGCAUGGUGGCUCACCCGCGCCGCCGCAGUUGCUGGGCCACCAGUAUCAGAACUCACAGUACGCACCCACGAUGCAGCAGGCGCCGCCGCCUCCGCAGCAACAGUUCAGACCCCCGCCUCCCAUCGGCGGGGGGCAGCUCGUGCCGAUCCAGAACGAGACGGAGCACGGCUCGUCGCGCGUGCAGAGUCAGUACUCUCUUAGCGGCAGCACGAUCGACGAGGGAGAAGUGAUCGACAUGCGCCACGGCUACGGCGCCCCAGGAGCACCCGCGGCGCCAUCAGGCUUGGCGCGGGAGCUCGACACGAGUAGCCGACGUCAGUCAAUAUCCAAGUCGAGCUUGUACUCUUCAGGCGGCAACGGCAGCGGCAAUGGCGCCGGUCCACCGUCCUACGCGCCCUACUCAAACACUGUCGUGUCACACGAGGUCAGCUCACAGAGCGGUGCAUCAAACCCUAAUGGCUCCUCGUUUUUGCACGCAGCCAAUGCCGGCGCGGGUAACGGCGUCAAGCCGCCAGUGUAUCCGGGCAGCCCGGCUGGUACCGCCAGCUUUGCUGCGCA